CCUACUUCUGUGAUUCGGCUGAAUGUAAAAGAUAGUGUAUUUAUCAAGAGCUAUCGUUUGAUAUACUUGUAGGGGCGUUUUCGUUCGUUCACACAAUCUAGUUUCUUCCGCUGCUUGUCGAUUUCUGCUUCCUGCGGUGGUAAUCUCUCCUUUAUAAUGGCUACUUUGCCGAAGACAUUCCAGAAGCUUGUUGUACACAAGCUUACAUCGAAUUUCCGAGAAGCUGUCAAAAUAGAGACUGUCAAUAUGUGCCAUCCGAAAAAUGAUGAAAUAUGUGUCAAAAACAAGUAUGUAGGUGUUAAUGCUACAGAUGUCAACAUAAGCAAAGGAAGAUAUUUUGUAGAUGCAACGAAACUUCCCUUCGAUAUAGGAUUCGAAGGCGUAGGAGAAGUUGUUGCUGUUGGUGCGGACGUGAAAACCUACAAGGUUGGAGAUCAUGUUGCUUACCUUAACUCCAAGCUCAAUGCUUACUCAGAAUAUACUUGUUUUCCGGCUGCAGAGGCAUUUCCUGUGCCAGAUGCAAAACCAGAGUAUGUGGUUCUGUUGGUGAGUGGCUUAACUGCAACUACGGGGCUUGAUAAGGCUGGGCGAAUAACCGAAGGAGAAUCAGUAUUAAUAACUGCUGCAGCUGGAGGAGCUGGACAUGUUGCUGUCCAAUGGGCUAAAGCUGCUGGAUGUCACGUGAUUGGGACCUGUUCUUCGGAAGACAAAGCAAAAAUCCUCAAAGAACUAGGAUGUGACCGUAUAGUUAAUUACAAAAAGGAAGAUCUUGGAGAAGUUUUAGAAAAUGAGUACAAGAAUGGAGUGGACGUAAUUUGGGAAACUAUAGGUGGCAAAGUUUUCGAAGAUUGUUUCAGGAACAUAGCGAUUAAAGGAAGAUUACUGGUUGUUGGUAGCAUCUCUGGAUACAAGACGGAAGACAAGGCAGCCUCGACAAGACUAGAUCUUUCUACUCUUCCAGAAAAGCUUUUAUUUAAAUCUGCAUCCGUCCAGGGUUUCCUUCUACUUCACUACCAGGAGUGCUUCCCGACAUACUUGAAAUAUAUGAUGGAGCGCCUACAAGGUGGAGAAUUGAAGGUUCUUGUUGAUGACGGCAAAAGUUUAACAGGAAAAGAGUUUUUUGGUCUUGAAGGCAUUAUUAGAGCUGUUGAACAUUUACAUAGUGGAAAAAGCGUUGGAAAAGUUGUUGCAAGGAUUUCCUGAAGAAUCAAGAGUUUAGACAACUUGAUGAAAAUUUCCAUUAAAGACACAUUUUUGAACAUUUCAAAACAACGUUACUACAUGACUACCAAAAUGUGUUGCUAUACAUUGCAGAAUGAAGAAUUUUUGUACUUCGUGUUUCAAAUAUAUUAUUUUUACUUAAAAAAAAAGAAUUCAUUUUAUCACCUUACAAGUGCAAAAAAUUACGUUAAAUUAAAAAACAAAUAAUAAAACAUUU